UGGUGUUGUGUCACGUGUGGUGUCCCUUCUAAAACAUGGCUCCAAGUGGCACAGAACGAAACAGCGUCCGAUGACUGAACGUCUUCUAUCUUGCCGACAAGCUCAAGCGAACACCAGAAAUGGAGCUCGUAGUUAAAUGUGGAAGUAACCCGCAGGAUGUCAUCGUUGAAUAAAACAAAACGAGUCAACAGAAUAGUCAUGCGUGAAGCGGAGCCGCGUUAGCUUUAAUGCUAGCCUAGCUGUCAACUGCUACAAGUGUUGAAAGGUUUUCUCAGAGGGACAGGUGGAAGAGGUGAUUAAGCCCUGUUUUGAUGGGGUGGAUUUAUUUCUACAUGCAUGUCUGAAAGGCCACCCAGUGGAAGACAGUGAGCUGCACUCAGCAGGACGUUGCGGGACUCAAGCAGACAUUCAAGACUCACCAUGGAUUGGCUGAUGCUGGCAGUUGAGAAAGACUUGGGGAUUGACCGAAGGCAGCAAGGCCCAGGUCCCCGUCCCAGGGAGCUCAUAGCCAUUGUUCCUUCACGCUGGGCUACGGGCCUGAGGGAGAAGAAGGUCAUGCGCUGUGCCCGCUUUGACAGCAUCAGUGAGACUGAAAUUAACACUUACCUUCAGUGCUCCCAGGCAAAGUUGCCUCCUGGAUGGACGCGAGUGUGCAUUCAGGGCCUGAGGAAAAGCAAGCUGACGUACAGAUUGGCCAGAGACCCUUGCCAUCAACUAAUAGAAUUUAUGCCACAGGAUUCUUAUGUCAAAACCAUGCAGUGUGUGUCGCAUCACAAUGUCAGGAAUCUGUGGCGGGAAGCUCAUUUGAAACGUGUGCAGACAUAUGCAGGACCCAAUGAGCAGAUGCAUGCUGCAGCUGUAGAUGCAGUCCGUCAUGCUUUACAGAAGCUUUUCAAUUCCACAUUCAUCUCCCCUGAAAAAGUUUCACCCUCCCUCUCUCCGGCAAGAGAGAAGGAGAAGGAAAGCUGCUUGCCAUCUAGUUCAUCUUGCUUUUCCAAGUCCCAGUCGAACCAUUUGUGUCCUAAUGUUCUGCCUGCUGAGUGUCUGCUGGAGACGGCAGAGAUGCUCUAUGUGAUUUUACCUUACACUCAGUAUUCUCUCCAUGACAUUGUCUCGUUCAGCCCAGCCAAGCUCGCCAACAGCCAUGCCAAAGUUUUGUUCAUUCUCUACCAGUUACUAAUAGCUCUGCAGGCAUGUCAUGCAGCUGGUCUGUCUUGUGGAGAGCUCUCCCUGCAGGACAUAGCAGUGGAUGAGCAGCUCUGCAGCCGACUGAAGCUCAACCUAGCCCAUUACGAGGAUCUGGGGACAGAAGGGGAUGCAAACAGUGAUGUUACUGGCAGACGAGUGCCAAAAAGUGUCAUGCCAAGUGACAGUUCAUGUAUGAGCCAAGAGACCAAGAUACUUUGCAAAGAUUGCUUCGGGGAGCUCAAGACGUUGGUUCUGGACUGGGUCCAUGGGCGAGUCAGUAACUUCCGCUACUUGAUGGAGCUGAACAGGUUAGCAGGACGACGAGAAGGAGACCCAAAUUACCAUCCAGUGCUUCCUUGGGUGGUGGACUUCACUGUGCCAUUUGGUAAAUUCCGGGACCUCCGGAGGUCAAAGUUCAGGCUCACAAAGGGAGAUAAGCAGCUGGACUUCACAUAUGAGAUGACCAAAGAGGCUUUGGCUGCUGCAGUAGGCAAUGGGGUCGGUGGAGGUGGUAUAGGCGCAGACCUCAGUGGUUCUGUUGGUGCUGGUGGUACUGGACAGCCAGAGCACCUCCAUGUACCUCAUCACAUAUCCGAUGUGCUCUCAGACAUCACCUACUAUGUCUAUAAAGCCCGGCAGACACCCAAGUCAGUGUUGUGCAGCCACGUCAGAUCCCAGUGGGAGCCUAAUGAAUACCCGGCCAGUAUGGAGCGCAUGCAGAGCUGGAGCCCUGAUGAGUGCAUUCCAGAGUUCUACACAGAUCCCUCUAUUUUCCGCUCGAUUCACUCCGACAUGCCAGACCUGGACGUGCCUUCCUGGUGCAAGUCGUACGAGGAGUUUAUAGAGGUCCACCGGCGCCUUCUUGAGAGCAGAGAAGUGUCCCAGUAUUUGCAUCACUGGAUAGAUCUCACAUUUGGCUAUAAGCUUUCUGGUAAAGAGGCUGUCAAGGCUAAAAAUGUGUGCCUGCACCUUGUGGAUAACCACACCAAUCUUACUACCUAUGGUGUAGUUCAGCUGUUUGACCAACCCCACCCGCCCCGCUUAUCUUCUUCCCAGUAUGCCCCAACAGAACCUCCUCUCCUUGGCCUUGCUGCUCUUAACGUGCCUUCUCUAAACUUCCCUCAAAUCAACACUGCAGCGGACACCGUGGAUGGUAUGGUGCCCGAGUCCACAGGCUGUGAGUCCAGCAGCUGGACCGUGGUAGACAGAGAGGAAGAGCUGGAACAAGGAAUGGAAGCCCUUGAUUCACUCACAUCCACUGCGUCCUGCGCUGUGCCACUGCCAGGCAACACUGCUGGGGUAAUAACUGGAGGAGAACACACAGCACUUAUUGUAUCACAGUCCCCAAGUUCAUUCCCUGGUGAUUUAGCAAGCAGCUUAGGCCCGGGUUUUCGCAGUGCCAUGUUACAAAGAGGCGGGCCUACCAACAAAAAACACGGAGAGGGUAGUGUGACUGCCACCAAUGCAGAUGAAAUCAAAGUUAGCCUCCCUGAGGGAUUCAACGCAUUGCAGCCUUUGGAGGAGCUGGAGAAAUUGAACAAUUUCCUGGUGAAGAGUCUGCAUGCGGAAGUAUCAAGUGGCUGCACGAGAGACGAUGUGAUAAUUGAGUCUUUGCCCUCUCUUACACAGCUCUACCAAAGGGACAUGCAGGCCCUGGGUGUUCUCAUCGCUGAGAUAUUCUAUUCCUGCAAACUGCGGGGAGUGAAACCAGGAAACCCUCUUAGACAGCGUUUCCAAGCUGUUAUGAAGCUCUGCUCUGCCAGCCUCCGUGAUGUGCCACUGUGUUUGCAUCAUGCUCUGGAGACAUUGAUUCUAAUAGAGAAGCACUCUGGAAUUGCACAUAGAGAAAAACCAGAUUGCCCUCGUCCACUUCUUUUCAAAUAUGACCCAAUCCGGGAUGGUCUGCCUCCUCCAAACCCCUGUCAGCUAUUAAACUCCAUCAUCACUCCCUUUCCUUUUCCUUCCUAUUUUGCACCACUACAUCACUUUAUCUUUUCCUACCACACAAAGAUGGAGACUACGUGUAGUCAACAAGGAAGAGAUAUCGUCUUUCACCUAUGGCAGCAACUUGAGACGCUGUUGCGGGGUAACAUCACAGCUGAGGGACUUGAGAUUCUCUUGCCCUUCAUUUUAGGCCUCAUGCUUGAGGAGUGCACAGCUGUGUAUGCUGCUUGGUACCUUUUUGAGCCAAUCUCUAGGGUACUAGGUCCCAGAAAUGCAAGCAAGUACUUGCUGAAGCCGCUGAUCAAUGUUUAUGAAAACCCUCAUUGCCUGCGAGGACGUUUCUAUCUCUACACUGACUGCUUUAUUCUGCAGCUCAUUGUGCGACUUGGCCUGCAGGCCUUUCUUUCCAGCCUACUCCCCCAUGUGCUUCAGGUCAUCACUGGCUUUGAAAGCGGCAACUCCGACUCUGGCGGGGACGCUUGCAAAGGACUGAGGGGAGUCACGUGUAAUCUAGGAGAGGAAGAGGAAGAGGACUUUCAGUGUGGCGAGCAGCGGUCAUCGUCUGGUUCUGUCAGCGGCACUAUGGGAGGCAGCAGCGGAGCCAGUGGAGGAGUUGGUGGGGUGGGAGACACGGGGCUGGUUGAUUACUCCUCUGGCAUCAGUCUCAAUGACCAAGUGUUUCUCUCAGAGCCAGAAGACUUUCAAAAUGGGUUCUAUGUCAACAACGGAGCAGGGGUGGCUGCUGGGAAACAGCCGAGCCAGAACUCCGCAGCCAAGGAGCAAGAUCAGGAGUCUCUAAGUGUGGGGAAACUUAGUGACAAAAGCAGCACAAGUGAGCUGUCACUGGGUGAUGGAGACUCAAUGAGGGAUCGUGCCAGUCUCAAGUCGGCUGACAGCAGCCAGGACCUCAAACAGGCCAGUGAAGGAGAGGAGGGAGGAGAGCUGGAGGAAGAAGAGGUGACUGAAACUAAUGUGGGUAAAGAAGAGACCGAUGACCUCUCUGGUUACCAACUGGAUCUCACACUCUCUGCUUGCACAAUAGACACAGUUGCCACUCUGGAGGGCGAGUUUGUGAACGGAAUGGCGCUGGAUGAGAAAGAUAAAGACACUGCUGGAGAGCAGGGGGAAGAGGACGAUCAUGGUCCUUCAGAUGAGUCGGAGGAGAAAGAGCAAAAGAUUCUUUUAGAUACAGUCUGCAAAACAGUGCGAUGGCUGUCGGCCAAACUUGGACCAACUGUGACUUCUCGAUAUGUAGCCAGAAAUUUGCUGCGAUUGCUCACAAAUUGUUACAUUGGGCCUGAGAAGCACCAGUUUGUGGCCUCUUCAAUUGAGGACAGCAGUCUGGAGAGUGUGGGAUUGGGCAGUGUUUAUGAGAAGAAACCUGUGGUUGGUGACCAGACGGCAGGACCUGUGUUGGAGUGUCUCAUCUACAUAGCUCAACUGUAUGGAGAACCUGUGCUCACUUACCAGUACCUGCCUUAUAUCGGAUAUUUGGUUUCCCCCCCUUCUUCACAGCGGCUUAACACACGGAAGGAGGCAAGCCUGCUUGGAGCCGUUGCACUUACACAGAAGAUCAUUGUCUUCCUCUCUGAUACCACCCUAAUGGACAUGUUGAUGAAGAUCAAUCAGGAUGUGCUCCUGCCUCUACUCGACCUGCUCACCACACCAUGCAUGGGGUUCCCCAGCGGGGUGCAGACUCGCACUGCUGUCUGUCUCAAGACUCUGAGCCUGAUGGCUCUCAUCUGUCUGCGCAUAGGGAGGGAAAUGGUGCAACAGCAUAUGGCCGACACUCUGUGUCGAUUCUUUGCGGUUUUCUCUCUUCUGCAUUCUCUGCAGCCCCAGCUUGAAAGCGCCCCUCACAGGAUGGUGGGAGAAGUCUCGGUUGUGGACGUGUGCACUGCUGAGGGGUUGAAUGUGACAUAUGAGUUGGGGGUGUUGGAGGAGCUGCAGACUGUGUUUAACCCUGAGAUGGCCCAUGCCUCCUACAUCCCCUUCUACUGCCUCAUAGGUGGCACAGCAAUUCGAAAACUGGUCCCAAACCAUGAGCUGGUGUGGCAGUUAGCCCAGUCUUACCACCAGAGUGUGAGUCAGGUGAGUCCAGGAACAAACCUGACGGCAACAUCGAAAGUAGACCUACCUCCGUCCUCUGCGGGUCUCUCAUCUGCCUUUGGUAGACGUGUUGGUGGAAGCCCGUUCCCUGCCCCCUCUACCAACUCUACCCAACUUGGUGAAGCCCUCCCUGAGUCAGGCACUUUUGGGAGCCACCUUGUAGGAAACCGUAUCCAAGUGUCCCGGGACGCUGAUUUUGAUGGUAGUUCAACCUUGGGCUUGGCCAGCUCUUGGGGGCGCACCAGUCACAUCACACCCAUUAUCACCACAUCUUCCACCUUUACCACUUCAUCUAUGGGCACAGCGUCCUUGUCCUCCUCCUGGAUGGCAGACCCCACCCCAGAGGACAGCGCCCUGAAGCAGGAGCUCCCUCGCAGUGGCCGCUCCCUGCAGGGGAACUGGCUGGCCUACUGGCAAUAUGAGAUUGGCCUAAACCAGCAGGAUCCACAUUUCCACUUUCACCAGAUCCGAUUGCAGAGCUUUCUGGGUCACUCUGGCACCACGAAGUGUUUGGCUCCUCUGGCAGGGGAGGAUUACUUCCUCUCUGGUAGUAAAGACAAAACUGUGAAGCUUUGGCCCCUCUAUAACCACGGUGAUGGAACACAGGAGGUAGAGCCCAGGCUGACGUAUAAUGACCAUCGAAAGUCAAUCUUCUAUGUCGGACAGCUCGAAGCUUCACAGGAGGUAGUCAGCUGUGAUGGCACAGUGCACCUCUGGGACCAGUAUACUGGCAAGCAGAUCCGCUCAUACGAAGCCGUGGACGGGAAGAAUCCCAUCACAGCUGUCACCACCAUGCCAGCUCCACAUUGCAGUGUUGUGUUUGGCAGCGCAGAUUCUGUUCUCCGCUUCAUUGAUCCUCGCAAACCAGGAUUGCAGCAUGAAUUCCGCCUGGCAUACAACAAUGUGAGCGCUGGGCUCAUCCGCUACCUGGCAGUGAGCCCCUCGGGGCGCACCGUGGCUGCAGGUUUCUCAUCUGGCUUCAUUGUUCUGCUCGACGCACGCACCGGACUCAUUCUGAAGGGCUGGCCGGCUCAUGAGGGAGAUAUCCUCCAAAUGAAGGCUGCAGAGGGAAACUUGGUCAUCAGCUCCUCCACUGACUACACACUCAAUGUCUGGAAAGACCUGGAAAACAAGCCUCUCCGCCAGUACAGGUCGCAGUCUGACCCCAUCCACGCCUUUGACCUUUACGGCCCAGAGAUUGUAACCGGAACGGUGGCUAACAAGAUCGGGGUGUACUCCAUGGUGGACAUCUCCCAUAGCCCUGUUAGCAGCACAAAGCUGAGCUCGGAGAACUUCCGCGGCACUCUGACCAGCCUGGCAGUCCUCCCCACCAAGAGGCUCUUACUGCUGGGCUCUGAGAACGGCGCCAUCCGGUUGUUAGCUUAGGACAAACCAACGGCACCCAGAUCCACGAAAACAGACUUACCACUGACCUCCAAAGUGUCUUAUUGGUGAACACAGGCAGGUGUCUGAGCUCUAUGUCCCGUCCACUGAGCUCGAGGUCAAUUGAACGAGAAGGCAGUUUUUCAGCUCCUCUAAAUUGCUUUUUCAAUGAAGCAGCACAAGCAAAGGCAUUGUAUAAGCUACACGUGUCUGAAUCUUGCACCAAAUUUGAUUGACAGGAUAUGCUUGCAAAGCACUUAACAUUUAUCAUGUACAGAAGAUCCCAUGACGUUUUUUUAAAAGCCUAUAGAUGUAUAGAUAGUCUAUAAUGGGAAUUCUUAUCUUGACAAGGUCAUUUAUUCUUUUGACAAGGUCAGUCGUUCUGUUCAAACGUAUGAAUUAGAAGUGCUCAGGAAGGUGGGACCAACACGGUUCUUAUGUAGUGUUUACACUUUCCAAAUAGAUGCAUAACAACACCAAAAAUACAUCGACCUCCACUUUCAUUUCCCUCGAUGUUAGAAGACAUGCGUAUCCAAAUGCACUGAUUAAACUAUGCAGUAUUUGUAGAUCAAAUCUUUUUUUUUUUUGUUUGUGUUAGAGUCAUUGUGUUUCUCAUGAGGUAUUCCACAGAUCAAUUGUUUAUACAUCAUUCAUGAUUUAACUGUUUGGUGGACAGUCUAGGUGCAUCCUCCAAGUGUGGAGACGCCUCAGCGGCCAUCACAUUACAAAAGUCAGUUACUGAUGCACAGCCUUUAUUAUCCUGCACAAGUAUGGCCUGAAUCGGAACAAGUAGAUCCUCACUCAGAUUUUAAAGACUGAAUGUUUUUAUCCACUAAUAAAUUACUUGAAGUUGCUUUGGGAUUUUUAAACUUUGUUUAGAUACUCUUUAUUUUGCAGUCAGAACCUGUAGCAGCAUUGUACUGGGAGUAUGUGGCAGAUGCUGGUUUGACUGGGUUUUCCCAGAAGUUAAACUCACCACUUUGUCAUUUCUGAAAACAGAAGCUAACAUUGAAUCAAUGCCAAGAUGAACAAUUUUCUAUUUUAACAUAGGUUACUGCAGAAGAAUAUGAUGAGGAAAAAACAUGGAAAAAGUUGUAAACCAAUAAAAAAAAAUAAAAAGAGUAGUUGAACUUGCUCCGUAUGUGUAGUGCACAUGAAUAUACAGUAGAGAUUUGUGUUCCUUACAACCAGCUGGAUUCUGUUCAAGCUUUCCAAGCCCUUUAGCAUCCAUUCAUCUCAGCCCUUUUUAUGAGUUCUUCAUGGUGUAAAACAGUCUGCCUAAUUUUGUAAUUAUUUGCCCAAAGCCUAAUAUGCUCUGACAAGUGUACUACAUCUUUUGAUAUGUUGUGUUAUUUUGUAAACUUGGAGUUAAAGCUCAGUAAUCAUAAAAUAACAAACUUUGUUAAAAAAAAAAAAAAAAAAGGAAAUUUGUAGCAGCAAAAUUGGCUAAAAAUUAUUCCAGCACCUCUUUUAACAUUUUAUGAAAGGUCCAUGAAAAUGCCUAUUUAUUAACUGGAUUAAUAAAAAAGAAAUUGCUUCCAGUGU